GUGGUGGUACCGCGGUGGUGGUGGUACCGCGGUGGGAGCGGUACCGCGGUGGGAGCCCCGCUUAAACCUCCUGCAGCACUUGAAGCCUGGUGAAACACUGAGAUGGCAGCUCAGAUGACCGAUGCUCAUCGACGGUUCUUGCAGGUUCUGAUGUCUAAUGGGAUAACAGAAGGAUCAGAGGCCAGGAAAUUACACCAGCACUGCUGUGAAACUGAUAAAGUUUACUACGCACAUGAUAAACUGGAUGAUUUCAUCAGCACUAUUAAUAGCCACCUGCAGCCUUUGUUUAUGCAGAUCCGGAAAGGAAUAUCGGAAGACAAUGGGAGAGCACAUUAUGCUGUAGUGAAUUUGGCAGAAACUGAAGUAACUAAAAUGGCAUCUGACUAUACAGAAAUUGAAUUGGAAUUGUUCAGAAAAACAAUGGACCUAAUAAUUUUAUCAGAAAAUGGCUUCGCCUCAUCUACAGAUAUUUUAAACUUGGCUGACCAACUUAAGACAAGGAAAAUGAAGAAAAAGGAAGCAGAACAAGUGCUAAAAGUUUUUGUGGAGGAUAAGUGGCUGUCUGAGAAAAAUGGAGAAUAUACUCUGCAUACUCGGUGCAUAAUUGAGAUGGAACAGUACAUUCUCAGCAACUACCAGGACGUGGCAAGGAAAUGUAACAUCUGUCACAGCCUCGCCAUCCAGGCAUUUUAUCUUCUGUCUUUAGAAAUAAAACUGCCUUGGAGCAGUGUCUCCAAGUAUAAAAUUGGAAAACUGCACUCCCGCAAUGAGGAACAUGUUUGUGCUGUCUGGCUUUCCAAACCAGCAUAUUAGAGAUGAACUCCUGAUGCUGAAAGAGGUUUAGCAGUGAGGUGUUAGCAGUGUCCUCUCUGGGCCUUGCCAAUACACAUCAUCACGUGACACAUUCAUUCUUGGUCCUGGGAUUUUAAUUCAGGAAUUGCUUAUGUUUGGACCUCAGAAGGAACAUGACUGCUAGUAGAGCAUGCUAAAGCACUGUGUUUUGAUAGCUGGGACGUUUCCAGUUCCAUCUUGCCUAAGUAGUUUCAGCUUGGAUUUACCAAAACUGCUGUGUUUUCUUGCACUGUGAGCCUGCAUCUUCUGAUUUACCGAACUGACAUGCUUCCACAUUAUUUUUUCCAUUCCAGUCAGUCUCCUUUAUUGCACUGAAAUUGCUGUCUUUCAAGCUAAAUGUCUAUAUAGGGAAACAGUAUUUCCUAGUUUACAGAAAAGUACCUCCUUUUACCAUUUACCAGCUUCGACUGUUGAGUGUGUCUACCACCCAUAUUGUGGGAACCAUUCUUUGGAACAAAGUGUUGCAUAUUUGCUGCUCUUUAUAACAACUUUCUCUUAAAAUUGAAGGACAGUUUAAAAAGAUUUUAUGAAUCAACACUCCUGA